UUCACACGCUGCGCAGCGGAGCACGGAACCGCAGUGGAGCUUGGGCAAGGACUCGGAUCCGGACUCGGAUUCCGAUGGAGUCGAGAGCUGGAUGAUCCUGGACGGAGAGGAGCGGGAAGGAGACUGCAAUAUCCUGCUGAAUGUGGAGAUCAGGGAUAGCAGCAGCAGCAGCAGCAGCAGUUCUGCAGAAGAUGAAAACCAGGCACAGAGCUGGGCAGUUUCUGAAAAGGACAUGGAGGCUCAGAUGGGCAACGGAUGCCCCUCCCUGCGACGCACCUACCGCUACUACAACCCCAACAAGAGCGCUACAUGCCAGAACUGCGGAAAAACGGGGCAUUUCGCAAGGAAUUGCCCUGUUCCAAAGAAGCGCGCGCCCUGCUUGCUGUGCGGGAGUGAGGGGCACCUCCGUCACUCCUGCCCCAGCACAUACUGCUCAAACUGCCACCUGCGGGCCACGGUUUCGAGGACUGCCUGGAGCUGGCCUACUGGCACAAGAGCUGCCACCGAUGCGGGCGGCCGGACACUUCCUGGACGCCUGCCCAGAUAUCUGGAGACAGUAUCACCUGACUACCCAGACGGGAACUCUGGUGAAGCCAGACCGCAUAGAGGCCCACAGGAACCCAGCUUACUGCUGCAACUGUGCCAGAAGAGGACAUUUUGGAUUUGAGUGCAGCCAAAGAAGAAUGUCCAGUGGAAUCUACCCCAACUUCCCGUACGUCUCCCGCUAUGACACAACGCAGGACGUCUGCCAAAGGGACAGCAGAGUGCAGAAGAAAGCAAAAGAAUUGCAGGAUGCCGGCCUCCUGGUACUCACUGCGGAUCCACAAGGGGGCGCCAGAGAAGACGAGCCAACCAGGAAAAGGAAAAAGAACAAAGGAGCAGGGGGAAAUGAGGCUAAAGGGGCAACCCCCAGCAGAGGGAAGACGUGGCCGGAGAAGAGGAAGGAACGCAGACAGAUCAAAAAGCUACGGAGGGAAGCGAUGGCCCAUCGCGCUGGGGAGACAGGGCCAGCUAGGCUAGAGGAGGAGGAAGACUGUGACUUCCUCAGAGGCCCUGGAAGGAUAUCGUCAGGGGCAGCCGCACCCCCAGUGAAAGACAAGGCCAACCCUGGUGUGUUUGGCUCAGGGAAACAUAGUGAUUGGAAGAACAGGAAGUGCAGGGACAGGAAGUGUAAAGACAGGAAGUGUAAAGACAGGAAGUGCAAGGACAGGAAGUGCAAGGACAGGAACAGGUCCAAGGGCAGGAUGCCAGGGGCCCUGAAGCAUGAGGACGUCUACCCAGCAGACGAGAACUUCCUUCCUGUCAAGCUCAGGGCUCGCCAUCGCAAGUGGUAGUCGUUGGUUACAAGCGUGUAAACGUGUUCACAAAACUUUUCAUUUCAUCCUGCUCCUUAGUCCCUGACUUAGCGCCCCCUACAGCACUGAAUGCCACAAGGCUCCAGCAAUGUUGACUGCAAUGCUGCAAUGAAGAUUCCACAAACCACGAUGAUGCGACUCAGAUAUUAACAAUUUAUUUAUAACUUGUAUAUUUCAUAUAUUUUGGAACUCAAUUUGUACAACAGUUGGAGUUCAUACAAUGAAAUACAAUUUAUGCAAGUUGUUUGCA